AGACGGCAUUUUUUUUAAGAGUCCACUUCACUUGAAGGAAAAAAAGCCUAAUAUGGAUAAUAUUCAGACUGCAUCAGCAAGUGAUAAACCGGAUUUUUGUGUUGAAUGCAGAGAUCAGGAAGCUUCCAUAUUCUGCGAGCAAUGCGAUGAGGAUUUUUGUGAAGUGUGCCACGCCAUGCUUCAUCGCACGGGGAACCGACGUAAACAUACCGCCAAGAGCUUGAAAGUUGACGCGAAAACUACCAGUGACGCAGCAUCUUUAAAGAACGAGAGCACGUUCGAAGAUUUGCCCUCAACCAAGAUCGAAAAUUCGACCAGCAACAGUUUGCCGAGUACAAUGAUGGAACUGGAUGGAACGGUGAUCAAUGGAAGUGGCGCGACGUUUGGUGAAUGGAUGACAAAGAGGGCCAAGGCCGUUCCAUUACGACUCAACACACAUGAACGAGGAUUACUGCGACUAUUAGAAGCGGCGCUCAACGUCUCCGAAUAUACAGAUAAGAUCGAUAUUAUAUCGUACUCUAACAAGGCGAAGCGUAUUGUGGCCCAAAUCCGAGAUUUGUGUGCGAUUAUUUGCGGUUUACUGGUGUCUGGAGAUUACAAGUUGGGAGCCCAACUGUUUGCCGAGAAAAGUGUUCGAGAAAAUGAAGCAUUUUUCCAACAAGUGUUUGAAGUGGGAAGACGAUACAAAAUUAUGAACCCCGAAAAGAUGCGAUCGAGUUAUGGCAAGCUCAUGUACAUGCUGAUGGAUUCAGUGAUACCGGAAGUGGAGGAACUUUUAGGAUUCUCAUGCGUGAUUCCUAUCAAGACUGUAUAUGACUUUUUGAAAGCUCGAGAAAUGGUGGAAAUACUUCACGACGAUAACAUUGUUCUGGCGACCCGCGAGAUAAGCCCGGAAUUCAAAACGCGCGCUCAGAUCGAUACGGAAUCGCAACGAAAGAAGCGUGCUAUCGAGACCAUUUGCGAAAAAUAUGCCAAUGAACACAUUUCCAGAGAAGAAAUCGAACGAUGCUUAUCAUCGUUAUCCGAUAACCAUGCCUAUCUGAAAGCAAAUCGUGAUCCGUGUGAAAAGAUGAUCAAGUAUCUCACCAAGUAUUUCAAUCCAAGCAAACCUGACGGCAACUAUUCACUGGCUAUUGUGGCGGGUCGUCAGGGCCAUCGAUUGACGCAUUCUCACACCAAUCAGUAUGCAUAUGUUCAUCAAUCAUUCAGUCUUUGGCGUGAAAUUGUUCACGAGAUGUUUAUGUUGUGGAUGCUGGCGGAUGAGGACCUGUUGUCGGUCAGUCCCUAUCGAUUGACCAAUACGGGACAAGGAUUACAACGUAUACAGCAUUGCUCCAAUAUCUCGCGAUCCAUGCACAAAAUCCUCAAUCGUACCCAGAAAAAGUGCGGUUCUUGGGUCGGCAGUAGCGUCAUUCAUCUCGGUGACAAAAAUGUUCCCAAUGCAUUCAUGUUCAUCGACAAGUAUAACCAAGUGUCACGUAUCCUUACACCGAUUGUCAGUACAUUGGACAAGCUAGAAGAGCUGCAGGCGGAUCCAUGCAUGGCCAAUUAUAUUGAAGAAGAGUUUGGUGGCAUUGAUCAAUGCCGCAAAGAUAUCUUGUACGACUUUUUCCGUUUCGGAUUUGAUGGAUCCGGUGCAGAUAAUUAUUUCGAUGCUGGUAGUUGCAUUGAUGGCCGAUUGACGUCGGCCUGGAACUGUACGUAGUAUUUCAACCGUGACGGUUUUGGAAAUCCAUAACAAUAACCACUGUCUGUAUCUUUGUAGGGUGUUCGCAGAUUGAAAAGAAGAAAUUCUUCCCCAUCUUUUUAUUGACAGUAAGUGGAUCAUACGACUCGACGAAUGGAGCUUACGUCCUCAAAACUUCUGCUUAGGGAUUCAUUGGAUUCGACGGUGA